CCGCUAAAUUGAAUUUGAAUUUAGAGAAAUCCGACAAUAUGUACUCAUAAUUACUAUUCCACGUUCUUCGUCUUCCACCAAGACUUCAGUAUAUAAAUGAGAAGAAAGAAUUAACAUCCCAUCCUUAUCCCCACUUGAUCAGUCCCCCUAACAAAACAAAACAAAAAAACUGAAGAAAGAUGGUCUCUGCCACGAGCAGGGCAGCCGUCACCGGCACCAGGCUGUCGUCGGUGGUGCCGUCAUCGGUCACCGGAGAGAACAAGGACCGGCACCUCACCGGCGUCGACCUGGCCAUGAAGCUCCACUACAUCAGGGCGGUCUACUUUUUCGACAGCAAGGCGGUGGAGGGGCUCACCAUUUACGACCUCAAGAAGCCCAUGUUCCCUUUGCUCCGCCUCUACUACCCUGUCUCCGGCAGAAUCCGCCGGCGGGACGACGAGGACGCUCGGCUGCAGGGGAGGCCUUUCAUCAAGUGCAACGACGGCGGGGUGAGGAUCGUCGAGGCCCACUGCCCCGAUUGGACGGUCGAGGAGUGGCUGCGGCCGACGGCAGCGGCGGACGACGGUGGUGGUGGUAGGGAUGAUGAUCUGUUGGCGUUUGAUCAAGUUCUGGGCCCUGAUUUGGGGUUUUCUCCCCUCGUUUAUGUUCAGUUUACUUGGUUCAAUUGUGGCGGCCUCUCAGUGGGCCUUAGCUGGGCUCACGUGCUUGGCGAUCCAUUCUCGGCCUCCGCCUUCCUCAACACUUGGGCCCAUCUGCUGCAUGGUCACGCGACUCCUGAUUCCCUCCACCAACCGGGCCUCCUUGAUCCAUCCCCACCACGCUUCCGGCCCAACAACAAGAAGAAACCCUCCUCUCUGAAACCGGUCGACCCGGUCGGCGACUCCUGGCGAGCUGGGUCCUGGGCCAAGACCAGGACUCACACCUUCCGCCUCACAGCUCAGCAACUAAACGACGUCGUAUCGAGAGCUACCGCCGGCGCAGCCCCAGCCUCCGCCGGCAAGAUCUCCCGUUUCGAUGUCCUGUCGGCGAUCUUAUGGAAAUCGGUGGCCAAGCUCGGCGAGGAUUCGGCCGCUGCCGGGCCGAGGACGGUGACGAUCUGCUGGAACAAAACCCCGGCGGCGGGCAGGGAGCGGGAGGUUCCGAGCAACGAAAUGGCGGUGGGAACGGUCCGCGCCAAUUUCGAGGCGGCGAAGUCCGAGGUGUUCGAACUGGCGGAGUUGAUUGCGGAGAAGAAGGAAGGCGAGAGCGAUUUGAUUGAGGAAGCGAUGGCGGCGGAGGGCGGCGGCGGGUUCGAUUGCGUGGUGUACGGGGCGAAUUUGACGUUUGUGAACCUGGGGGAAGCCAAGAUCUACGAGCUGGAGAUGAAGGGGCGGAAGCCGAUUUUCGCGAAUUGCACGAUUCGGGGAGUCGGCGAGGAAGGGACGGUGCUGGUGCUUCCGGGGCCGGCCGAGGAAGGAGAGGAAUCCGGGAAGGUAGUGAACGUCAUACUGCCGGCGAAGCAAUUGGCGGGGUUGAGGGAGGAGCUGAGGAAGAGCUGGGGAAUUCUGUGAAAGUUAAAACUUAAAAGUACUGAUUGAGGGGGAAUUCUGUGGUGCAGUAACCGCACCGGUGCCGUCUCAUUGUUCUAGCCGGUUCAAAUAAUAUAAUUCUGAUUGGGAAUGGUUGAAACAAGAAUGUUGGGUUGAUCGGGUUUAGCUAGUAAAUUAAUUAAAAAAUUCAAAGCAAAGAACGGCAGGCUAAGGGUUGCGUUGCGUCUUGCGUGGCCUCCUUUGCUCCGUCAAUUUUUUCUUGGUCCCUUGGAAAGCAAGCCGACUCCGCCGAUUCUCACCGGAAAUCCACCACCAUAUCAUCGAAGUUAAGCGUCUUUGCGCCAGCCAACUAUGACCACCAAUAUCUCGACUCUCGAGCUUCUAGUCAGUCGAAUCACCACCGCUUGGAAUCUCGAACCCUGACUUUCCCGUUGUCUCCCCUGUUCAUCGCCAGCAUCAUCUCUGUCGCAGCAAUCCACCCCCAACAGUCCCUGACCGGCCAUGAUUAGUGAUGGCAACUUUGUCCAUACCCUUGAGUUUCUUACUAUACAACCCAAUUGGGUUGGGUAUGAAAUCCAAAUAGAUGGAUAUGGGUAGA